AUGCUGCUAGACCAAGAUUCCUUCAUGGUCGCCGGCCGCCUGCCUGUCCCUCACUCAGGAUUACGCUCUGAUGACAGGCGAUCGCCGGACCGAGGCCAACACGACUUAUCGCGCAACCGUGCUCCCCUUGUAUCUGUCUGUCUUCGUCAUUGUCUAUGUCUCGAUCUAGGUCUUGGUCUUGGUCUUGGUCUUGGUCUUGGUCUUGGUCUUGGUCUUGGUCUUGGUCUUGGUCUUGGUCUCCGUCUCCGUCUCUCUUUUGCCUGUCAUAUUCUCAACCUUGCUAGCAACCACACGUCAGGCGCACUCGAAAACUGA